GCACUGGGGACCAGAGCAUGGUGCUCACCUUCGCUCUCCAUCUCCUGGGCAGCUCCGCUUUGCUCCUGGCUGUGGCAGCCAGGGCUCAAGCUGCCUACUGCCCUGUCCCACGCAUCCGGAAUGGGAAGAGAGUAUCCAUUGGUCGUGGUUUCUACAGAGCUGGGGACACCGUCAGCUUUGUCUGCAACACAGGCUACACCUUGCACGGCUCCCACGCGAGCAGGUGCAGAGCCGACUCCAGAUGGAGCCCCCCUCUGCCGGUGUGCAAAAAGGAGGUGAUGUGUCCUCGGCCACCAAACAUUGCCAACGGGCUGCACAGCGGGCAGUCCUUGAACAAGUUUUCCCAGGGAGCAACCGUGUAUUACAGCUGCAAGGAUGGCUACCAGCUGCUGGGGAACAUCUCCAUCUCCUGCUCCGAGGCCGGGGUGUGGAGCAGACCCCUGCCCCGCUGCGAAGCAAUCGGCUGCGAGAUCCCCGAGGUACAGAAUGGGAAGGUCCACGACCCACAGAGCACCUACAAAGCUGGAGAGACCCUUCACUUUGACUGUGAUGCCGGUUACGCCGCAGAGGGCACCUACAAGGCUCAGUGCCAGCCGGGAGGGACCUGGGAUCCACCAGUGCUCAUCUGCGAGAGGGUCCAACCAUGCCCCACGCCUCUAGGGAUCCCCAAUGGACACCACAACGGGAAGGGCAAAGUAUCUUUUACCAUGGGAAUGUCUGUAACGUACACCUGCGAUCCUGGCUACUACCUGGUUGGCAACGCUGUCGUGUUUUGCAGAGCUUCUGGGAGCUGGAGCCAGCCCAGCCCUCGCUGCGCAGAGGUGAUGUGUCCUCGGCCACCAAACAUUGCCAACGGGCUGCACAGCGGGCAGUCCUUGAACAAGUUUUCCCGGAGAGCAACCGUGUAUUACAGCUGCAAGGAUGGCUACCAGGUGCUGGGGAACAUCUCCAUCUCCUGCUCCGAGGCCGGGGUGUGGAGCAGACCCCUGCCCCGCUGCGAAGCAAUCGGCUGCGAGAUCCCCGAGGUACAGAAUGGGAAGGUCCAUGACCCACAGAGCACCUACAAAGCUGGAGAGACCCUUCACUUUGACUGUGAUGCCGGUUAUGCCGCAGAGGGCACCUACAAGGCUCAGUGCCAGCCGGGAGGGACCUGGAAUCCACCAGUGCUCAUCUGCGAGAGGGUCCAGCCAUGCCCCACGCCUCCAGGGGUCCCCAAUGGACAUCACAACGGCCAAGGCAAAGCAUUUUUCACCACGGGAAUGUCUGUAACGUACACCUGCGAUCCCGGCUACUACCUGGUUGGCAACGCUGUCGUGUUUUGCAGAGCACCUGGGAGCUGGAGCCAGCCCAGCCCUCGCUGCGCAGUGACUGUCUGCAUAAACCCCGAUAUAGCAAAUGGAAGGCGAGCGGAUGGACAAGGGCUUCUCUCUGCACCCGGGCAGACGGUGACAUUUCAGUGUCAGGAUGGUUACAGCCUGCGAGGCAGCGCUCAGACCUUCUGCCAGGAGGACGGCAGCUGGCAUCCUCCUGUUCCCGUCUGUGACAAAAUACACCAUAAUCCGACCUUCCAAACGAACCCUCAGCUUCCAGGUGGUUGCGGUGCUCCUCCAAGGUUACACUUUGCUGAGCUAAAAGAGGAGCACAGAAAUGAGAUUGAUUUUUCUGUUGGGAAGAUGGUGCAAUACACUUGCCGACCUGGAUAUGCUAAAGCACCAGGGAUGUCACCUACUGUAACGUGCCUUCAGAGCGGAGUGUGGUCAGAAGCACUAGAGUUCUGUAAAAGGAAACAAUGCGGUCACCCUGGUGAACCCGUGAAUGGGAAAAUUACUUUCCUAACAGACCUCCUCUUUGGGUCGACGGUGCGCUACAGCUGUGAAGAAGGGCACAGGUUGAUCGGACAAUCCAGCAGACGGUGUGAGAUCUCUGGUGGACGUGUUGCAUGGAGUGGUGACCUUCCCACUUGUCAGCGUAUCCCUUGUGAGCCACCUCCAGACAUUCCCAACGGGAAGCACACAGGCACGCUGCUGGAUGAAUUCCACUUCGGCACAUCCGUAACGUAUACCUGCGACCCCGGGUACCCGCUCCAAGGGGAGCCCUCCAUCCACUGCACCACGCAGGACGGGACAAACGGCGUGUGGAGCGGCCAACCGCCGCGCUGCGGAGAGGCAAGAUGUCCUGUCCCGCAGAUCCAGAAUGGGAGAAUAGUGUCUCCUCCUGGGACUGCCUACACGCACAAGGACACCGUCGCCUUUGAGUGUGAGCCAGGCUACGUUCUCCGUGGGCACAGAGUGGUACAGUGCCAGCUAAAUGACACCUGGGAGCCACCCGUGCCGUUCUGCGAGCAGGCUGGUUGCAAUGCACCAACCCACCUGGUGUUUGCUGAGCUGAAGGAGCUGUACCGCAACCAGACUGUCUUUCCCGUGGGGAGGACGGUGGAAUACGUCUGCCAGCCUGGGUAUGCCCAGCAGCCGGGGAUGCCGCUGACCAUCACGUGCCUCGGGAAUCGGACGUGGUCUGCAGCGCUGGAGUUCUGUAGAAGGAAGCAAUGUCCUAACCCAGAGGAUGUGGAGAAUGGCAGAGCCGUUGUCCUGACGGACCUCCUCUUCGGCUCCAAAGUGAAUUACACUUGUGAUGAAGGGUACAAGUUGGUUGGAGGCUCUCAGAGAACGUGCGAGGUCUCUGGCGCACGUGUCUCAUGGAGUGGAGAUGCUCCUCUCUGCCACCGUAUCACCUGCGAUCCGCCUCCAGACAUCCCCCAUGGGACACACAGUGGGCACCUGAGGGACACUUUCUCCUACGCGGACGUGGUCACCUACACCUGCGACGCCGGCCACCCACUGGCUGGAGAGCCCUCCAUCUCCUGCACCUCCUCAGAUGGGGCGCAGGGCGUGUGGAGCGGGCCGCCGCCGCGGUGCGGAGAGGUGAAGUGUCCUCCCCCUCCAGGCAUCGCCAAUGGGAAGCACAGCAGUCAGCCCUCAGACAUCCACCUUCCGGGCUCAGCUGUGCGGUACAGCUGCAUGGACGGCUACUCCCUCAUCGGGAACGCCUCCAUUACAUGUACUGCCAGGGGAACGUGGAGCCGGCCUCAGCCCAGAUGUGAAGCAACCGGCUGCAAAACACCAGAGAUCAAGAAUGGAAGAACAACUGGGCUGGAGACGGUGUACAGACCUGCAGACACUGUUGUCUUCGAAUGCAACUUUGGUUAUGCUUUAAAGGGCUCUCAAGAGUCUCAGUGCCAGUUUGGGGGGACGUGGGACCCUCCUGUUCCCAUCUGUGAAGAGAUGCCACAGUGUCCAUCCCCUCCAAAUAUCAAAAAUGGCAAGCAUGAGGCCAAGGAUGUGGAAGCGUUCAUCCCUGGAACGUCAGUGAAGUACAGCUGUGACCCGGGGUACGUCCUCACCGGGAAAACAGCAGUUUUGUGUUUGACAACUGGAACCUGGAGCAUCCCUUACCCCCGCUGCGAAGUGAUCACCUGCUCAAGCCCCGACAUCCCGAACGGAGCCGUGGCUGACGGCCAGAGCGCUGUGUACCAUCCGGGGGCCAACGUCACCUUCCAGUGCCGGCCGGGCUACGUGCUGGGGGGCAGCCGGGAAGCCAAGUGCCAGCCCGACGGCCGCUGGGCGCCCACUGUUCCCACCUGCCAGCCGGUGCUGCAGUGUUCUCCGCCUCCCAAUAUUAACAACGGAUAUCACAACAGCCAAGACUUGGAAGUUUUCACUCCUGGGAUGGUUGUAAAUUACAGCUGUGACCCCGGCUACAGCCUCCUGGGAGAGGAAUCCAUUUACUGCACUGACUCUGGAAACUGGAGCCUCCCUCUUCCUCAGUGUGCGGGUGGCUGUGGUUCACCACCAAACUUAACUUUCGCUGAGCUGUCUGAGGAGUACCAAAAUCUGACGGAGUUUGCUGUUGGGGAAACUGUUCGAUACAAGUGCCAGCCGGGAUACACGAGACACUCCCGUAUACCCUCAACUCUGACCUGCCUCAAAAACCACUCGUGGUCUGAAGCGCUAGCGUUCUGUCAAAGGAAGCGAUGUAAACACCCAGAAAGACCAAAGAACGGCAGAGUUGUUGUUCUGACAGAUCUCCAUUUUGGGUCAACCGUGAACCACACAUGCGACGAAGGGCACCGGCUGGUCGGACAGCCUUACAGACGGUGCGAGCUGUUCGGAGCAGAUGUCGCAUGGAGUGGGGUUCUUCCCAUUUGUCAGAAGGUGAUGUGCCCAGCCCCACAGAUCCAGAAUGGGAGAAUAUCUGUUCUGAAAUAUCGCUACACAUACAAAGACACUGUUAGCUUUAAGUGCCAUGAAGGUUUCACCUUGCGAGGCCAUCGCACAACCUGGUGCCAAGCCGAUAAAACCUGGGAUCCACCCAUACCCACCUGUGAGCAGGUGCUGCAUCUAGAUGGACUGGCAGAACCCUAUCAUCAUCCUGAUACCACAACGGAACCAGCAGUGAAGUGUCCGCCCCCUCCACGCGUUGCUAAUGGGGAACACGGCAGUCACUUCAUCGACGCUUUUGAUGUAGGAGCACUUGUGCACUACCACUGCAAACAAGGCUUUUCCCUCAUGGGGAAUAAAUCUGUUCGCUGUACAACAUCUGGAGCCUGGAGCCAUCCCCCUCCUCGGUGUGAAGUUGUGAAGUGUCUUCAUCCUCCAAACAUCACCAACGGGAAGCUCAAAGGCAACAUCUCUGAGACUUUUUCCUACGGAGCAUCUGUAUCUUACAGCUGCAUUCCUGGUUAUUCCCUCGUUGGGAAUGCUUUCAUCAACUGCACGGUGUCAGGAACCUGGAGCCAGCCUCCUCCUCGGUGCGAAGAGAUCAGAUGUGUAUUCCCAGAAGUUCAAGGUGUUAAGAAAGCUGUAAGUGGAAACACUUACCGCUCGGGGACUAAAGUCACUCUGGAGUGUGAUGACGGUUACACGUUGGAAGGCAUCAAUCAGAUUCAGUGCCAAGAGGACUUCAGCUGGGACCCCCCUGUACCAGCCUGUAAACAGGCAUCGCACGGGGCUGGGUCAGUGGGCUUAGGUAAGAAUUUGGGGGGCAAAUUUAGCUUCAUGCAGUGGGCUCGGCAGCUCCGUUUCCCUCUGCUCCCUCUGAAACUUCCCCUCAUUAUGACUUUUGUGCUUUUAUGCUUUAAAAGACACAGUGAGGAUAACACCCGCUCUUCUCCCCCAGGAGCGGCGGCUGCGGGGGCUCUGCUCCUCCUGGGGGCAGGCAUUGCCUGGAAAGUUAUUUCCAAGCAGAAGGAAGGCUAUUAUCAGACAUAUGAGAACUACAGUUACCAAACCCCUCUGAACCCGGUAACAGAACAGAAAUGCUCGUGUCUCCCACAGAAGAGACGGUGUUCACGGGUCAGACUUCCAGACUGUGCCUUGCUUCCAAUGUAAAGUUGCCUCAGGUUUGUACGGAUUACAGGAGAGUUUGCUCUCUACCAAACAACCGUAGCAGCAUCAGAAAUGGGCACUGGACUGGGCCUUUGGGGCUUUGCAAACGCGUUUUUACUUAGGGGUGAAUCUACUUUCCAGGCUGCAUCUGCUGCAGAUUGCAAUGAACUUCCACUGUUAGCAGCACUCUGAACAAAAUCAGCUUUAGCUGUAAAAUAGCAUCUGUGAACAGUAGUUCCUUAAUUAUUUUUAUUAUAAAGGCUGGUUUUAGAUCCUUUCCUGUUCCUUUGAAACAAUGCUUUCCCCAUAAAUUCCCUUCUCCGCCCCAGGUAAUGAUGUAAUCUCUAGGCAUCAGUGCGAAAACAGGAAAAGUCUAAUUUUAACAGCAGUUUGUCAUUUUUUUCCAAGGCUGGGCAUCCCUGCUGCUAUUAACCAGGCGCUGGAUGUGUUCUCUGCGCAGAGAGCAGCUGCAGGUUGCAUGGAAGCCUUGCUCACGUCAAGCCUGAAAUGCCGUGGCAAAAUAAAGCACUUUACUGUAGAAUCAACGUUAAUACUCCUUCUGCUCCUAUUAAUGAAAUUACUGUAAGGAUACAAAUAAGUUGAAAUUGCACAGAGCGGAGAUGUUUCAGAGGGAUUUCUGUCUACCGCUGCUGCCUGAUAAGAGCGUUUGCUUUCUCUACUUGCAAAGCCUGUGAUAAGCAAGAGCCAUAAAACCCCUCCCGUGCAUGUGUGGAAGUCGCAAUCCGUUAAACCAAAGAUUAUCUUAAUAACAACAGCGCUCAGGGCUGCAGCAGCAGCAGGUGUGGCUCUGUAUGUCCUUCCAGGAACGCUCAUUUCUAGCGUUCCUCUACAAAUGCUUCACCUAAUAAAAGCUGAACAUG